UGCAAAACGCCACUGCAGUACGCUAUAGACGUCCGGAUUGGACGUACGCGAUUUAGUGUCGACAUCUAACGCAAUUGUGAAAAGUGAUGAACGGUUAGGUUCGUGACAAGAUUUUUUUUUAUAAAGUUAUUUACAAAACCUGUAACAAUGAGACUCGAAGAGAAAAAAGGUUCGAUCGUCUUGGACAACUUUAAUUCGACUGCUAAUUUGGCGACGAAUCCCGGCUUCCAAUCGACGCUGAGUCUCGGCUCAAAGGAAGUUAUCAAUGAAAAGGCUUACAACCCGUUCGAGCACAGAAAAGUUGAGCAUCCUAACUCAACGAUUGGAUCGUUGGUGCACUUACUAAAGUCUUCAUUGGGCUCCGGCAUCCUAGCAAUGCCGGCGGCCUUCAAGAAUGCUGGACUUAUAAUUGGAGGCAUCGGUACUUUCGUGGUCGGAUUUAUUUGCACGCAUUGCGUUUAUAUUUUGGUGAAAACAUCGCAAGAAGUAUGUGUGGACGCAAAGAAACCUUCAAUGGGUUUUGCAGAGACUUGCGGAGCGGCUUUUGAAUUUGGACCUAAACCUUUACGACCUUGGGCUAAUUUUGCUAGGACCUUCGUGGAUUACGCACUGACGUGUACUUACUUGGCCGCUCUCUGCGUUUACAUUGUAUUCAUUGCUGAAAACUUUAAAGAGGUCUUAGAUGUCUACGCACCGGAAUACAAAUUGUCAGUAGAAACAUACUGCGCGCUGACACUGGUGCCUCUAGUGCUGAUCUGUCAGAUACGGAACUUGAAAUGGCUGGUACCAUUCUCCGCGAUAGCCAACGUACUGCUCGUCAUUUGCUUUGCGAUCACAAUGUAUUAUAUCUUCGGAGACCUUCCCAAUCCGGCUGAAAGAGAGAUGGUGGCGAGUUUUACACAAUGGCCACUCUUUAUGAGUACUGUUAUAUUUGCGAUGGAAGGCAUCGGCGUGGUGAUGCCAGUGGAGAACGAGAUGGCCAAGCCGGAGCAGUUCCUCGGCUGUCCGGGCGUGCUCAACGUCGCCAUGACCAUCGUCAUCGGAUUGUACGGCGUUGUCGGCUUCUUCGGCUACAUCAGAUUCGGUGACGACGUCCGUGGAAGUGUCACUCUUAAUCUACCCCAAGACGAAUUAUUGGCUCAAAGUGCGAAGAUCCUGAUGGCGCUGGCUAUCCUCUUCACGUACAGUCUGCAGUUCUACGUGCCCAUGGAGAUGAUCUGGAGACAGAUACAUCACAAGAUAUCCGUAAAGUAUCACAAUAUCACACAGAUAUCAAUUCGCACCGCAGCUGUCGUUGGCUCAGUUGCUCUGGCGGCCGCUUUCCCUGAUCUGGAGUUAUUCAUCAGUCUUUGCGGAGCCAUCUUCCUGUCCAGCCUUGGUCUUCUCAUCCCAGCCGUGGUCGAGACAGUCCACAAGUGGGACCGCGGUCUCGGCCACUUUAACUGGAUCCUGUGGAAGAAUUGCUUGAUCGGGAUCAUGUCUCUUGUAGCUCUCUUCGCUGGUUCAUAUGUAUCCAUCACUGGUAUUAUUGAAAAGUUCAACGAACCCGUUCUCGAGAAACUAUUAAACGGCACUUUAAGCAGGGUUAACGAGACUUUAGUGUCUAGUUUAGAAAAUUGAAAACGAAAUAGUAUAACCGUGGGUUUCCACUGUAGUGUUUUAAGUUUUACAAGUACAAGAUAGUAAGUUUAAAUGACAUAAUAAUCUUACUAAUAUUGUUUGAUACUAAUUAAAUUAUUAUAAUAUAA